AAUUCACUCGACCGUUGCUCGCCUCUGAAUUUUUCUCCAUCAAAACACAGCAAUUCACUCGGCCUCUGAAUUUUUCUUCGUCAAAACACACCAAUUCACUCGGCCUCUGAAUUUUUCUGCAAGGUAGAAGGAGAGCAAGAAGAAGAAGAAGCCGUUUUGGGCGAAAAUGGCGGCGGCUGAUCUUUUGUUCACCGAGGUAGAGAUGGCAGUAGACCAAGGCCUCGGAUACCCAAAAGCCUACGCCAAGCUCUGUAGAGACCGCAGCCUCAGCCCGUACAGCCACGGCCCUCCUUUCACAUUCACUCCCUACGCCCUGCAACAGCAAGAGGCGCUGAGAGUAGCAGAGUUGGAGGAGAUGUUUCCAAUUAUCGACCCGAAAGCAAAACCCACGGCCAAGCCCAAGAUUUUUGUUAGUCUUCUAUGGAAGCAACUCAACCAUUUGGGAAAUGCUGGCUUCGACCCUGCAAUUUUUCGGGUGGAUCCGUAUGGGAAUGUCCUAUAUUACCAUGCUGAUUCUGCUUCGCCUCUGGCUUGGGACAUUGAUCACUGGUUUCCUUGUGCAAGGGGAGGAUUGACUGUUCCGAGCAACCUAAGGAUACUACAAUGGCAAGUGUGCAAGAAGAAGCACAACAAACUGGAAUUUCUCACCCCAUGGUGGGAUCUUCAACUGGGCAUCUCCAUCAACCAGUUCUUAUCUGUCUUCGCUUCUUCCAACUCUGAUUUCAGGCACAGAGCAUUUUCUCUGUUGUUUUCCGAGGCUGAAAAUGAAGAACUAAACGCUGCGCAAACAGUGGAUUCACAUAAUUUCCCACAACACUUCAUUGAAGCCAAAGAAAAACUGGGCCUUGCUCCGGCUGCCAUUGUUGUAUCUAGAAGAGAAUCUUAUGAUUUUUCAUCAGCUCUGAAAUCGCUGGAUGUCAACAGGAGACCAAGGUCUAAUUCCCCUAUUGUUGCUGCAAGAAAGUUGAGAACGGUUACCUCAAAGGAGAAUGAAAAUCCAGACAUAGUUUCCAACCCAUAUCAGGCUAUUGUCGCAGCCCGGGAUUCCCUGAGACACAGAGAAGAAACCGCAAAAAUGCAGGCAGAAAUACAGAAACUGGAUGAUGAAGUGAAUGAAGUGAAGCAGAAGGCUGAAGACGAGAAAGUCACCAUCCAGGAACUGGAGUUGGUGCUAAUAAAGCGUCGAAGACGGGCUGAAAAGUGUCAUCGGCUGGCCGAGGCACAGUCUUCGUAUAGAGCAAUGCUGGAGAAGAUGAUCCGAGAUGCCAUGCACCAGAACGUCAUUUACAAGGAACAAGUGAGGUUGAACCAGGCAGCGAGUAAUGCCCUAAUGGCAAGACUUGAAGCUCAGAAAGCAAUUUGCGAUUGUUCAGAAAAAGAACUCUAUAGAAAGUUCAAACAGAGAGAUGAGCUAGAGAAGCAGUUAAGGCCUGAAGGGGAGCAUGCAAGGAAGAGAUCAAGAAUGGACAAUUCACUAUUGGAUGAGGAAGAUCACGGGUCCGCUUUAUGCUUGCCGGCAAAUGAACUGGAGCCAGAAACCAAUACUGCUCGUGCUUUGCCGGAGAAGGAAGAGGAUAAGACGGUCCUGUACCUGCCUGGAAUCAAGUCGACCCCUUUCCACAAGGAGCUGAGAGUUUACUUGGAAGAGGAGCAGAAAGCGUCCGAAGCCGGGGCAUCAUCUCUGAACGAAGAGCGGAAGCAAGAAGAAGAAGUUGAAGAAGAUGGAAAUCCCAUCUGGGACAAGCUUCAAAGACUCAAAAUAGAAGAGCGGUUGGAGAUGCAAGACAUUCGACUUCCAGUCCCCCGCGAACCAAAGGACGAGGAGGAAGAUGAAGAAAGCAGACGGCUGCGCGGGAAAGGAAAUGUGGAGAAGUGGCUUCAAAUGUUGCUGGAGAAUACUGGAAAUACUGAAGAGAAGGAAACCAGCAGGACGGAUGAAAUAAUCAGGAAGCUGAAUCUUAAAUACCCACAGCAUCAGGACUUGGAGCACCAAAAGAAAGAUGGAGCCAAACGUGAAGAAGAGGAGACAAAACAUAUGGAAGAAGGUAGAGGCAUUACUGCAGCCACACCCAUUAAAAACCCUCCCUACAGAUUACAGACAGAGAGAGAAGGAGAGGAAAGCCGAAGCAGCUUCCAAGGGAAAGGGCGGGAGAGAAAGGAGAAGGGUCUUGUGAGGUCUGAAAGCGCGAGGGCAUUUAGGCGAAUCCCGUCUUCUCCAUCUCUGAUUCUGGGGAUGAAGAAAGGAGUUGAUUGCAUCAGGAAGAAGCCCUCGGUGACCGGCGAUGAGGAGGAGGUGGAGCUCGCAGCAGGCAACAAUUUCAUCAAGUCAUCCAUCAAGACAAUCAAAAAAGCAGUGAAGAUAUAAUUCAAAAAGCAUCGUCAAUUCUAAUCAUUGGUUACAGAAAGAUAUAGCUCUUUCAGCUAAGUAAUUGUGUGUGAAUUUUAGUAAGCUUUACUCUUUAUGUGAUGAAGCUGUGCUUUGGUGAACAGUUCUGCAAUACAGCUUCUUGUUUGAUCUAUUGAGGUUUUUACCCAAAUCACAUUAGGCUCAAAAACCAACAGCCACGAGAACAGAGCUAACAGUUUA